UUCUCCUGCCCGCCCGCUCGGGCCGCAGCUCCGCCGGCCCCGGCAGCAUUGCCCCCUCUGGAACCCACAGCUGAGUGGGGAGGGGGAGCUCACCCCAAAUAUAUCGGGGGCGGGGGUUUUCAGGAGGGUUUUUAUGCGGGGCAGGGGAUGUUUGCAUCGUGCAGGAACCCAGAGCUAAGCCGGAAUGGCCCUAGAGGGGUCUUGGUGGAGGUCCCACGUGGCGAUUGCCUGGCACUGGUGGGCAGAGCGGCAAUAUCGGGGUCGGGGAUCCUCGAGAGAGCCGGGGCUAAACGCGAGAGCCCCGGAGUGUAUAGAGCACAGAGGGGCAAUCCUGGAGCUGGGGGACCCCCCCGGCAGCCUGGAGGAGUGGGGGAGCCUCAAGAUGAGCUGGGACUUACUCCCAAACGUUGGCAGGAUGGAGGAGGAGGACACCACGAGGAAGAGGAAGAUGGCCCAGGAGCCCCAGGCAGCUCAGACUGGAAAGGUUUUUUUAAUCUUCCAAAUUAUAACAUGGAAGGGAUUCCUAGAGAUGCCUGCCUCUCCCUAGCAGAUACCUGUCGUUUCAAACCAAGACAAUGGGGAUCCACCCUGGGCCAGGGAAGCAGCCAGAGAUGCAGCCAGAGCUCAGAACUGUCAGUCCAUGAGCUGCUUCAUGAUUGGGAGAAGACCCACAAGUGGUCAAAAUGUGAGAAGAGCUUCAGCAAGAGAUGCUCCUUGAUCUGCCACUGGAGAAUCCACAGGGGCGAACAGCCCUACAAGUGUGGGGAACGUGGGAAGAGCUUCAGCUAGAGCUCUACCCUCACUGUCCACCAGAUGACCCACACUGGGGAAAGACCCUAUGAGUGUGAUGAAUGCAGGAAGAGGUUUCCCACCAGCACUGCUCAAGCACCAGCAGAUUCAAAUGGAUGAGAGGCCCUUCUGCUGCCCACACUGUGAAAAAGGCUUCAGAGGAACUGCACCCUCAUCAGCCACUGGCACAUCCACACCAAGGAGAUGCCUGACGAGUGUCCAGAGUGUGGGAAGAGCUUUUCAGAGAGCUCUACUCUGACAGCCCACCAGCGCAUCUACACCAGGCAACGGCCCUACAAGUGUUCUGAGUGUGGGUAGAGCUUCUCACAAAGCUCCCACUUGACCCAACACCAACAGAGCCACCACUAAGGGAAGUCCUGCGAGUACCCUUAGUGCAGCAAGAGCUUCAUGCACUGCUCUAGCUCCAUCACCCAUGGGAGGAUCUGCACUGGAUGAUUCCCAUUGACCCUCAGUGGGCAGAGUCCCAGUGAUCCAUGGUGCUGGUGAUCUGUGUUGGGAAGACACCUGGCUGGGGGCUCCACAUCCUCCUGGCUCCCUGUGGGCACCUGGACACAUCCACAGACCAGCAUCAGAAAUCCAUUGUGGAGAGCAGAUUUGCCGACUUCUGAUCCCAGAAAAAUCUUCCUUUUUUCAUCUACUGGUGGCAUCAAGCUAUGCUGCAUAGCCUUGGAGGUCUUCUCCAACAUAAAUCCAUUGUUUCAAUUCUUUCUGGCCCAUGGGCAUCUUCCACAGGCAAAUGGGGAUAAAUGGGGUUAAAACCCACGAUUCUGGAGGCAGUGGCAUGGAAACCACUCCAAAAAAGUUUCUGCCAACUCACUCAAGCAUGUGAAUGCUCUGCCAGCAAUUCCUUUUGAUUUGGCCUUGAAACAAAAUGGUUUCUGUUCAUCUCC